AUGGCCAGUGACUGCAGGGUGGUGACGCAAGCGGAGGGCGGUGCUGCGGCGGGGACCACAGGCGGUGCGCCGCCCCAGUCAACGGACGAGCUCUUGGCCGAAGUUGGGAAGCUGGCGUCCCUGGCGCACGACCCGGCCACCGACCAGGCGGCCCUCGACGCGCAGGCGGAGCGCGUCGCGCAGCUGUCGGCAGCCGCGGGCACCAACAAGGUGGUGGCAGAGCUCAAUGACGGUAGCUUCAAAGGGUACACGCUCUCGGGCCGCACUGCUGAGCGCUUCAGAAAGGUCAUCGAUCUGGGCACGAUGAGCUUCAAGCUGUACCAGCCGGCUGACCUCAAGGUCAAAAUGACGUCCACCGACAGCAGCGGCGUGUACAAGGGCGCGGAUGGCAGCACCAGCCAGGCCUACGUCGUCACCGCCGGCUUCAACGUCGUCGAAUGGGACGGCCAGGAGGGCAGCGAGGCGGUGCCGACCGGCGUGAGCGGCGUGAGCAAGGCGAUCUCGGAGUACCGGCUCGCGGACGACAACCAAGCCCGCAUGUUCAUCACCUUCAAGAGGCUGCGGCUAUCUCCCGCCUCGGACGACCCUGAGCACCUCGCCCGCUGGCUCGACCUGCUGCUGCCCCACAACCCCACCAUGGACCCCAAAACGGGCGUGCUGGAGGUCGACCUGCCCAGCAAGUCACCAGAGGGGUACUUGGAUGCUCUCGUGAUGACGGAAAAGUACCAGCUGCUGCAGGGCAACUACGGCAGCCGCACGCUGCUGGAGCGCAUAUGA